AUGACCAAGUACACCAUCGACAUUGUCUCAGAUACGGUUUGUCCGUGGUGCUACAUCGGCUACCGCCGCCUCACCAAAGCCAUCACACUCCACCGCCAACAGCACCCCAACGACACUUUCACCCUGUCCUGGCACGCAUACUACCUUAACCCGAACGGACCUACAUACCCCGGCGUGGACAAGCGGGCGCACUACGAGCAGAAAUUCGGCGGAGCGGGGCGCGUGGACGCCAUCUUUGCGCGUCUCGCGGCCGCGGGGGCACAGGAGGGGAUCCAGUUCAAGUUUGGCGGGAAGACGGGCCGCACGCGCGACUCGCAUCGUCUGAUCUACCUCUCUGGGAAAAAGUAUGGUGCGGAGGUACAGACGAAAGUCGUGCUGGAGCUGUUCCGCGCGUAUUUUGAGGAGGAGCGGAAUAUCACGGAUAAGGCGGUGCUGCUGAAAGCUGCUGUGGGGACUGGGAGUAUCCCGCAGAGCGAGGCACAGGCUUGGCUGGAUAGUGACGAGGGUGGUCCAGAGGUCGAUCAGGAGGCGAGAGAGGCGUCUCAAGUCAAGUUUGUCACUGGCGUGCCGCAUUAUACGAUCAAUGGAAAGUAUGUUGUCGAGGGGGCGGAGGAGCCGGAUGUUUUUGUUGAUAUGUUUGAGCGGGCGAAGGAGGAGGAGAAGACUGCGUAG